ACGAGAGAAACCACAAUUCUUACGAAAGGCAAAGGAAAGUGUCGCGAACACCUAUCGUUUCUCAAAUCCCACCACACCUGUCAAGGCUAGCUCAGUUUCUCUAAAGUCGCAAAGGAACAUCAAAUACAAGAUUAAUCGAGAUCUUGGAAGUUUGAUCAACGAUACGACUACAUAAAGCCACGCAAAGUGAAAAUUUCAUCACGACAUUUUCGAGCCUGUCCUUUCAGAUAUAUUACUUCGUCGAUAAUCCUGGGCGAGAGGCAAUCGUGUCCAAUCACUAGAGUGGGUCGUAUGACGUAUAAAAGAGCUCGAUUGUGCCGCGAUUACAGUAGAAUUGAACGCGUUUCUGUGAACCAACAUACCUGUGCCUAAAAGUAUCUUGCCUAUCCGAAAUGUGUACAAUUUAAAUUCAAUUUUCAAAUUUUGGAAAGGAAAGGAAAGAGAUUAAACCAUCGGUGUUGUGACGAAGAAAAAUGAGAAUCUUCAGAAGAGGAUGGUACACAGUUCACGCAAUAUUCUGCGUGUAUUUCACAGUUACGAUUGCUCGAGCCGACAAUCUACAUCCAGAUAAUUGGGAGACACAUGAGACGAGACAAGCUUUCACAGAAAUAGUUGAUGAUGAACCAUCCGUUGAAAUGAACUUCCAGAAGAAGCUGAUCCCCAUAAAGGAACCUCGAAAGAAUCUUCGAAUAUUUGCACUGCCUUUGGAACCGGAUGCUGAAAUGUUGCCCCUCUAUUAUACGAGUGUCAAACCUCCUGGAGUCGAUCAUAUGGAACUGAAAUACGCCGAAUCUCAAGUUUCUCAAAUUGUGCCUAAAGUCGAAAAGGCUGAUGAUAGUCGACGAGUGGCCAAGAAAUCGAAAAGUGAGGGUAACGAAGAAGGAUAUCGUGAAGUAUCUUCGUUUGAAAAGGGUCAGAAAGGGGAUAGUUUGAGGAAGAAGACGAGGACUCAGCGCGUUGAAACUGGUGGAAAGAAAGAGGUUCAGCAUAAUCGAGGAAGCAAUUCGGGACAAAAAAUAAAACGGACUAAAGGUAAGAAAGGAGAUAAUUAUCGGGUGAAAAGCAAUGAUCACGUGAAUCGUAAAGCGACUGGUUACUUAAACAUUUAUCACAAAGACGAAUACAAGAGAGAUCAUGAUUUUUACGACAAUGAUGAUCAGGGAGGUCAUUCGAAGAAACAUGGACGAUAUAACGAGAAGCAUGUCGCCAUCGAGGGUAGAUACAAGAAGGGUGGUGCUCACGAUUCUGAUGAUGUCAAUGAAGCGAAACAUCAGAAGCAGGGAAACUCCCAGACGAGUGGUAAAACCAGAGAUUAUGAGAUUCACCAUGGAUAGAUAGUUUAAAAACUUUCAGGGAUUCAGAAAGCAGAGAAAUAAAAAUGGUAAAAACUUUGGCUUCGAUUAGAUGAAAAUGUGUUAAUUCUUAUGUAAGUAAUUUGGUAAUAUAAUAUGUCUGGAAAGAUAAUGUAUAGUGUAUUUAUUGUAAUAAAUUAGAAUUAUUUUUUAAUCAAUUAUUGUUUCGUGAACAAUUUUUUAUUUAUUAUUUCGUUUG